UAUGGAGUUUCCAAAAGAAGAGUAUAUUACUUCAGAUAGUGACUCUAAGGAAGAAGACCCUUCUGUCCAACAAACACCUCCCUUGUCAUUAGAAACUACAAUAAAUUGUAAAGGUAUAGCAUCAGAUAGCCUAAGUGAAAAUUUAGGUAAAAGUGAUAGACCGAAUAUGCCGAAAUUCAUGCUUACAGACGAAGCAAAAGCUCUACUCUCUGGAAAAUCAAACAUUGAAAAGCUGUUUACUGAUGCUGAACAAUUUCCAGACGAAGAUAUUAAAUCUAAAAUUAGAAAAGUUACUCGUCAAUCAUCCUAUAUUGCGCACCGAAUAUUUUCUACUCUUCACAUAAAAACUUCAUUUGACGAUUUCUCUUUAGAAAAUUUCGUUUCAAGUGACGAAAGAGAAACAUUCAAAGAAAAUAACUUGAUUGCUAAAGCCAAGGCAGAAGGUAGACGAGAAGCUAUUUUAGCUAUCGCUGAGGAGCUGUGCAAAUACGAAGCCGAUCAAGAAAAAGUCUAUGAGUUCGUCUACACUGAAAUCGAGAGAAAUCAAAGGCUCACAAAUGCAUUAGAGAAAAUCUAUGGAAGAUAUAGAAAAAGUAUUAGUAUCGUAGAAAAUAUGGAGGAGAGUGUUGGUAAAGAUUUAAUUCAAGAGAAUCGUACCCUAAAGAAAGAACUUAAGGAGGCGUCUGACAAAGUUCAAAAGUUACAAACUGAGCUCAAUAAUUUGAAAAAAGGUGUACAGUCGGCUUUUGAACCCCCAACUAAAAGAAGAUGCAUUGAACGAUUUCUACCGCCAUCUUCUUAUAGUAUAUCAAAUACACGUGUACUUAAUGGUAUAAAUCAACAGAACGGAAAUAGUUUGAUCAGCAAUUUAGAAAAUGAAGAUGAAGAUGAUGACGUAGAAAUAAUAGGGGAAGAAGGUUUUAACAAAAGUAUCUCAUUUAAAGAUUUGCCAGUUCUAAGAAUGACAAUUAAAAGAGCACACGAAAAUUGUAAUAAAACUUUCAAGAUUACGUGGACUUACGAUAAAUCAGACUUUAAACCAGUUAAUAUUGAUUCAUAUCAAAUUUUAGGAACAUUAAAUGGUAAAAACUUGACAAUUCUACAUACUCUACCUGCCAAACAACUGCCAGUAACUGCUUAUCUGAAAGAAAUUAAGACUAAAAUGUUCGUAACUGUUCGAGCAAAAUCGGGAUCUAUUGUUGGCCCGAUUGCUCGUUUUCAAAAGAUAAAUCCUCAUUCUUUCUAA